AUGAAUUUAUUUUGGUUAUUUUUAGAUUUGAAACCUAACAAUAUACUUGUGAAUUCGGCUGGUUACGUUAAACUAUCAGACUUUGGUCUAUCCAAGGUGAUGGAACACUCCAUCACACGCACUUACGUUGGCACCACCAUCUACAUGGCUCCUGAACGUCUUCGUGGUGGCGUUUACAGGUUUCACGUUACCUUAGACCGCUUCUACACCUGGCCAGAGAAACACCUGUUCUCGAAUUGCUUAAGGAUUGAGUCCGACAUAUGGAGCUUCGGGCUUUCUUUGUGGGAACUUGCUGUAGGACAUUAUCCACUACAAACACCUAAAGAUGCCCUACUUACAACAUUUUUCAACUCUGGCAAUGAUCGUCAACCGUAUGCCGAACAUAUUGCAGGACAUCCACAAAUGCUUUGCGUACUGAUUAAUGGAUGGUAA